UUUGCUGACUUAUGGAAGACCAUGAUAGAAAAAAUAAAAAGUUUGUCUUCAUCAUCGGCAAACGGGCAAAGAAUAGCAGAGACUUUAGAAAGAGCAAAAAUGCAGAAAUGGCAAAAAUGCAAAAAAAAAAAGAAAGAGAGAAAGAAAGAAAGAGAGAGAGAAAGAAGAAGAAGAAGAAGAAGAAAUGGAGAUGCAAGCUCAUGGUCUGCCAGCAUUUCAUCGUGGUUGAGAAGCUUCAACAAUGGUUGUAAGGGUCAGGGUGUUGCUGGGAACACCUUGGACUAAACGUGGUGUCGCCAUUGCAGAUGACAAUGUGCUCAUCCACCACUAUCUUCACCUGAAGGUAAUCGUUGAACCACUUGCUGUAGCCAUACCAGAGUUAGAUGUGUCUAAGGUGAAAGAGCCUGACAAAAUUUGGAAUAUGAUUUGGUGUAAGGGUGAUAAGGACUGUGUAUAUUUCUUUACCACUGAAUCUGCUGCACAGUCAUUGUUGGAAACUUGUUGGAUGCCUGAAGCCUUCAAGGUGAUCUAUGAUGAGGAUACUUACCCUAUUGCCAUGAAGUAUCAGUUUUGUUACGCGAACCACGAGUCAACACAGGAUGGUUGCUGGAUCAGGAAUUUGUAUGGCCUUAAAAUUGCGGGUUCAAAGCUCUUGUUGCCUCCCUUCUCCUCCCCCUCCUAUGUAGCCUUCAAACUGUGUAAGAAUAAUCUAGAUGAGAAUGACCAAAAUAAGGCUACUAAUAAGAAGAAUGUUGCCAGUACAGCUGCAACAAUGUCAAACUCAAGCACAAGGGCAGAGUGACAUUGAACUUGAACCAACCCAAGAUCAAUUUGGUAUUGAGGAAUCUGAAUUUCGGAACUGAUAUAUGUUUGAUGAUUUUUUUCAUUGUAUUUUAGGUCUCUAAUCAUGAUCACUUCACCACUU